GUGAUUGGCCGGCAGCGAGCGGCGGCCAUUUCCAACGGCGGGCUGAGCGCGGAGCGAUGGCGGCGGGGCCGCGGCCCGAGGCUCUGGCCUUCCGGCAGCUGCGGGACCUCGCCGCGACCCAGGCGGCGCUGAUCGAGCGCCUGCGGCUCCGGUUAGCAACACAGGAGGAGAAUUUUGUACAUAAGGAGCAUUUCGAGGCUGUGGUGAAGAAGUUGGAGAAGGAAGAGGAAGAGCAUGCCCAGACCAAAAUGCUGCUUGCCAAAGAGGCCGAGAAGCUGCAGUUUGCCCUUGGGGAGAUCGAUAUUUUGUCCAAGCAGCUUGAAAGAGAGAAACAAGCCUUUGAACAAGCACUUUCCAGUGUUAAGAGCAAAGCACAAAGAGAAUCCUCCCAAAAAGACAAGCUAAGAAGCAAGUGCUAUGAAAUUGAGAGCCACAUUAUGAAACAGGAGGGUCUCCUCACCGAGAAAGAGAAUGAAAUUAAGGAGCUGCAGCAGUGCAUCACCAAGCAGAAGCAAACUCUCAGGACUCAAGUGUCCGACUUUCAAAUACAGAAGCAACAGGAGAGUUACAUCGCGCAAGUGCUGGGAAGGAAGGAGAAGGGUUCAAAGCGACCGGGUUAGACACGGUGCUCGCUGCGCCCCCCGCAGCCGCUGCAAGAGGCCUGGCUCGCGGGGCCCGCGGCGGCCAGUGAGGCCGGGCCCCUCUUCCUGCAGGAGCGGCCUGUGGAUUCAGAGACUCGCCCGCCGUGACCGUCUCAGGCACGUUCCCUGGAGUUAAAGGAGGUUCUGACCCGCCCCCUCAGCAGUGGCAGGGAGACUCCCUGGGCUGCCAUGUUCACCAUCGUGGGCCCGGGCUUUUCCAGGGCUGGUGCAGCGGGGAGACCCGGGAGAGGGAUCGGGGAGGGGUUGGAAGCCGAGCCCACCCGGCCCUCCUUCAUGGACGGUGCCUGCCCCAUGGGGCUGGGCCCGGAUCCCCAUUCGGGGCAGUGCAACCGCUCACUCCAGGGUGGCCAGAGAACUGCCCGGGCCCAACCUGAGUGCAGCUAACGGCCUGCUGGAGCGCAGCGGCCUUUCCGCUCGGAGCCGUGGCUGGGAGCCACCUGCACGUGGAGUUAUUGCCAUGGGCUCCCCUUGUCCUCUGGGUGCCUCACACAGCCGCCCCCAGCUGGCUCUGCCCAGCGCCCGCCCUGCAUGGCCGGAGUGGCUGUUCUUUACUCCCUGCGUGUGUGCGGGGGCUUGUCCACACAUGCUCCCAUUGCAGCCACGUUCUGCCCCUGCCUAGCCAGCACUGUUCAUAUCUCAGCUUCCCCGGCCUGGCCCUUCAUGCUGUGACAGCAGGACAGUCUCACGGAGCUCAGCAGAUCCUGCUGGAGCCUGGCAGGCCGACGGGCUGCAUGGGUAGAGCGAGCGGCUUCGAAUAAAUGGUUUUAUGCUGAGUA